AUGAGCUUCUAUCCGGUCAACCCUCUCUUCUCCAAAUGCAAACCGAACGAGUCGCUGGAGCCGAGGGACUCCUACUCGGACUGUCGCUUCCCGUCCCGGGGCCACUCGCUGGUGUACCCGCCGGGGGCCGGCGCGGCCGGGUUCCAGCCCCUCUCCGCCCACCUGCAGGACAUCUUCCACCACCACCACCAGCACCACCACCACGGAUCCUCCAGCCUGCCGGCCUCCGGCUACCAGCAGGGCGCCUGCGGUCUCCCUUGCCACGGGGAGCCCAAGUUCUACGGCUACGACCUCCUGCCCCGCCAGCCCCACUACGGCGGCGUCCAGCCAGAAGCGGCCAUGCUCCCGUACGCCGACUGCAAAGCCCCGGCGGCCGGCGCUGACGGCCCGGGGAAUUUAACGCAACAGUCGCCGAACAACCUCGUCUUCCCGUGGAUGAGGCCGCACGCCCCAGGCAGGCGCAGUGGCCGGCAGACCUACAGCCGCUUCCAGACCCUGGAGCUGGAGAAGGAGUUCCUCUUUAACCCUUACCUGACGCGGAAGCGGCGGAUCGAGGUGUCGCACGCGCUGGGCCUGACCGAGCGGCAGGUCAAGAUCUGGUUCCAGAACCGACGGAUGAAGUGGAAGAAGGAGAACAACCGGGACAAGUUCCCCAGCGCCCGCGAGGAGGGCAAGGGGCAAGAGGCGGGGAACGAGGAAGGCGACAAGGGGGAGGAUGAGAAGCAGGAGGAAGGGGAGGGAGAAGAGGGCGGAAAGGAAUAG